AUGGUUUAUUUAACCUUGUGGCUGACUCUGUGGAACACACACACACACAAAAAAAUCCCAAACGUUUACAAGGAAGACAAGGAGAGGAGGGAGAAAAAAAAAAAAAGGGGGUGGGGGGGGGCCAGGAGGGGAGAAGAAAGCUGUGGUGAGGAAUGGAGAGAAGCCGCUCGCCCUCCCGCGGUCCCAGCACGGCCCCGGUCGGUGCCGCUCACGCGGAGCGGGCAGAACGCGCUGCAGCGGGGCCACCGGGGCCUCCCAGCCUCUGCCCACGGGCCGGCCGCCCGCGGGGAGCUGUGGUCCCGUCCCAGGCAGCCCCUCGCCGCCCUCCCGCCCCGGCCGGGGGCGCAGCAGCUUUACAGAGAGAAAGCAGAAGGGGCGGCAGCACCGAACCCCAAGCACGCGGAAGAGCCGGGCCCCCCCCGCUGCCAGCAGCAGCUUUGCUGGUUUAAGACUUCCCCAAGGAAACGAAGAAAGCCCAAAACAACCCAGGAAACCAAGGGUGGGUCCGACAGAGCCGGCUCUCCGGAGAGCGGGUUAUUGCUUUGCACGUCCCAGGCGGGGAGGGCAGGGCCGGAGCCCCCCGCAGCCCUCGCCCCCCCCCGGGAGGUGCCUGCCCCCAGCCCCGGGGUGCCGAGGGGCUCUGCGGGGCGAGGGCAGGACAGGGCCCGGACGUCGCCCCACAGAGCCAGCGGGCCCGGGAGAGCCGCAGCCCUCAGCCCAGAGGGGCUUGAGGCUUUUGGUUUUUUAAAAGACGUUUCCAGCUCCAGCCCCGCGGGGCCCCGCAGUGCCGUGGGCUCAGCCCAGGGAGGAGAGGCGAGGAGAAGGGCAGCGCCGCUCAACAGCGAGUGCCCUCGGCCCUGCGGGAGGGGAGGGGGCAGCCGGGAGCCCCCCGGGAGCCCCCCCGCUGGCUGCCACGGCCCCGCGCCACUGCCGGUGCAGCCGGUGCCACAGCGCUCCUGGCCAGGGAGAGGCAAAGCCUGGGCUGCCGCUUCCAGCCAGCUGGGUGAAGGGGCCCGGCCCGGCCCCGGGCAGCCUCUGAUUGCACACGGGAAGCCAACAGGGCCCCAGCCUCCGCCCGGGCACGGGGCAGCGCCGAGGCCCCGUGCGGCCCCGCAGGAGGGGCACGGCGGCUCCCGGGCGGUGCUGGUGAGGUGAGGGCUGGGAGCGGAGCCGCUCCCUCCCGCACGCCGGCCGGGGCCAGGAGCAGGCCCCCGGGGCCAGGAGCCCUUCCCUCGCCUCCCUCUCCCCCGCCCCGAGCCAGCCCGGGUCCAAAGGGAAGGAGAAGUAGCAGCAAGAGAGACGUUACGGACCUGGCCAGCGGGCACGGAGCUGGGCCGAGGGAGGGGGAGACGCCUCUGGGCCCCCCGCAGGGCUGAGGAGAAGAUUGUAAAAGCAACGAGAGGAGGAG